GAGAGAGAGAGUGGAGGGGAGGGGAGGGGAGGGAAGAAGAGAGAGAGAGAGAGUGGAGCGAGAAGGAGCCUUCUUCUCUCUCUCUUCUUCUCGAAGGGAUUUGCUCCUCUGUCUGGUCAAUAUAAUAGCUUCUGCUGCGUAUGCUUUAACUUUCUGUUUACUUUCUUGGUCGCGGUUGGGGGUUUGGGGAAUGAGAUCGUCGUUGAGGAAGCUGAGGGGGAUGGGGCUCCAAAGGAGCGAGCUGAGGGAGAAGAGGGAGCAUCAGCCUAGGGCGAAGCUGGAUGAGCUCGUUCAGGCUGUACAGGACAUGCAAGACAUGAAGAGCUGUUAUGAUGGCUUACUAUCGACAGCCGCAGCCACUGCAAAUAGUGCAUAUGAAUUUUCUGAAGCUCUACGUGAGAUGGGCACAUGCCUGCUUGAAAAGACUGCAUUGCUUGAUGAUGAAGAUAGUGGUCGGGUUUUAUUAAUGCUCGGGAAAGCACAAUUUGAACUUCAGAAACUUGUUGAUAAUUAUCGUACUCAUAUUAUCCAAACCAUUACAACACCAUCAGAGUGCCUUCUGAGUGAACUUCAAGUUGUAGAGGAGAUGAAACAACAAUGCGAUGAUAAGCGAGAAUAUUAUAAACUGAUGUUAACUGCUCCUCGAGUGAAAGGAAGAUUGAGAAAUUCUAAAGGGGACGCAGUCACACUGCAACAGCUUCAAGCUGCUCGAGAGGAUUAUGAGGAAGAUGCGAACCUUUUCAUAUUUCGCUUAAAAUCAUUGAAACAGGGUCAAUCGAGAAGUCUUCUCACUCAGGCUGCUAGACACCAUGCCGCACAGUUGAAUUUCUUUAGGAAAGGGCUCAAAUCAUUGGAGUUGAUUGAACCGCAUGUUAAAGCUGUGUCAGAACAGCGGCAUAUUGAUUAUCAUUUUCGUGGACUGGAAGAUGAUUACACAGAUUUUGAUGAUGAUGGCGGUUCUUUUUGUUCCGAUAGCAGCAAUGAUGGAGAGCUUGAUUUCGAUUAUGGGCUGAAUGAACAAAGUUACAAUGCUCUCUCUGUGAAUUUGAUGGAGCUAGAUCAAGUUGACAGUACGCCAGCAAAGCGAUCAUCUUUAGAACUUCUGCAGCAGGAAAGUAUACCAAAAAAACAGCCUGAGCCGCUACUUCGCAAUGAAAGGCCAACUCUAAGCAGCCAAUCAGCCCCAAUUUUUGGAGAUAUUAGUUUUGAUUUAUCCGAAAAGACGAAAGAGAGAUCAACUCAAUCCACGAGGAAGUAUCACACCUACGCCCUUCCAACGCCACUUGAAGCGAAGAACUCCGCAUCAUCAGUCUCUACAAACAUCUCAUUUUCUUCAAACCUUCCUAAAACCCAACCUGGUCUUCAAAUUGAACAAAAACUCAUAUCUCCAAUUGAACCUCAUAAACCGCUUGAUUCAAAAGACAAGAACUUGCUGCCGAGCCCCACGAGAUCGCCAAAUACGCCAUCUGCUCCUCCCAAACUGAUGAAAUUACAAGCCUUCUCAGGUCCAAUAACUGGAAAAUCCGGAUCAAACAAACCAUUUCCUGCCUCUUAUGGCUUCCCCAAAGCAGAGGAUUCUGCAUCCCAUUCCCCAGUUCUUAACAUAUCAGGACCAUCCACCAACUCAUCAGCUCUCACAUCACCUCUAAAGAUUAAUGCUCUUCAUGAGCUUCCUAGACCUCCAAUCUCUUGGCCGCAAUCCGGAACACCUAACAAUUUCGCCACUCAUUCCGCCCCUUUGACCUCCAGAGCUCAGGAGAUUCAGACAGGGAGAACUUUCCCUGUUUCAUUACCAACGGCGGUGGCAGCUUCGCCGCUCCCGGCUCCUCCGGCUUUUGUUCCAAGAAGCUUUUCUAUACCUUACAGAGGUCAAAGAACAACAUUAGAUAUAGUUAACAAGCAGUUAGAGGUUGUUCACCAUAGUCAUCUUAACUCGAAUGAAGAGCUUGAUUCGCCCACUUUAACUCCUUUGUCGCUCAAAAACUUCGCUGCCUCGUCUUCCCCAAAUGGACAGAUGUGAUGUUGAGGAUUUUAGAUUGGUUGACUGAUGAGUUUAGAGUUCUUGGGGUUUCUGUUGAAUAAUUUGGGCUACAUUUUUGUUGAAAAGCAUUAGAAAUUUUUUGGCCUCGGCUUUUAUCCACUUGGCGGAAACAAUAUUUCACAAGUCUUUUGUUGCAUGAUGGACAUGUAAUUUCAUAAUGUUGUUGUGUGUCUGUAUAUAUAUAUAUAUAUAUAUAGCUCA